AUGGAGGCGUGGAAGUAUAGGGGGGACAUGGAUGUUAUGUGGGAUAGGUCUACCAGAUGCAUCACAGAGACUUCUAGAGAUGUAUUGGGUAUUUCGAGGGGUCGGGUAGGAUGGCAUAAUGGGGACUGGUGGUGUAAUGAAGAACUUAAGAAGAAAGUAGAGAUUAAGAAGGGGUUUUAUGUUAUGUUGAUUGAGAGUAAGGAUGAAGAGGAGAAACGGGUGAAUAUAGAGGUUUACACAGUAGUGACAAAAAAGGCUAAGUUAGCAGUUACGGUGGCUAAGACAGCAGCAUUUGAGAGCUUGCAUGCGGGGUUAGAGAAAAAAGACGAGGAAAAGAGGCUGUAUAGGCUUGCUAAGGUGAGGGAACGGAAGGGUCGUGAUCUCGAUCAAGGGGACAGAGGCAUUGAGUUAGGGAAGAUAGAGCACUCUAAAGAGAGCCGUGAUUUUAGUUACUGUAGACGUUUUGGGGUUGAAGAGGUCAGAGAGGCAAAUCAUAGGAUGUGGAGGGGUAGGGCGGCGGGGUCAGAUGAGAUUUCAGUAGAUUUUUGGAAGUUUACUGGUGGGGAAGGUUUAAGGUGGUUGAUCGAUUUAUUUAACUGCAUUUUCAUGUCUAUGAGAAUGUCGGAGGCUUAG